UCAUAACAGAAUUUGACUGACUUGUAAAGCGGAAAGAAAGAAAUAUCGGAUCAUGCAGCCCAUCGGUUCUGCUCCGAAGGUUUCCACAUCGACGGCUGUUGCAAUGCCGGCCGCAGGAUCCGGCGCGGGGUACGCUCCACCGUGCUGGGCUGCUCCGCCAGCAACGACAAUCGUACAACUUCGUUGCUUUUUUCCAGGCUCAAAUCACUGUUCGCGAUUAUCUAUAUUUUGAUUAUUGCAUCCUCUCAGCAUGGAAGACAACGGGGACGAGCUGCCUUCAGUGCAGAAGGCCGCUGUCAUUCAAAACCCCGGGCCAAAUGCCAGCAUCGUGGUCCAGCACAACGUGCCAGUCGGAACUCCCGGACCUCACGAAGUCCUCGUCCGGAUCAGUGCCACUGGAGUUUGCGGAUCGGAGACUCGAGCCUUCCGAGGCUGGGGCGUUUACGACCCCAUCGUUGGCCACGAAGGCAUUGGCAAAGUCGUCAAGCUGGGCCUCGGUGUUUCUGAAGAGCUUUUUGGUCAAAAGGUUGGGGUGAAGUGGCUCUACAGCGCUUGUGGUACCUGCUCGGUCUGCAUCCGCGGACAUCAGAAUAAUUGCCCGAAGCAGCUCAACACCGGAAAACAUCGCCCCGGCACGCUUCAGCAAUAUGUAGUGGCUGAUUCAAGGUAUCUCACGAGGAUCCCGGAUGGUUUGCCAGAUGCUGAAGUCGCACCCUUGUUAUGUGCCGGUUUGACCAUGAUGGGCGCGGUAUCGAAGUUAGAAGGCGACCUUUCUCCUGGUGAUUGGGUCGUCAUCCAAGGAGCGGCGGGUGGUCUGGGGCAUUUGGGCGUGCAGAUAGCCUCGCGACUAAGGGGCUACCGAGUGAUCGCAGUCGACUCUAGUGGCCAUGAUCAGUUUUGUCGAGACAGUGGGGCCGAAGUUUUCAUCGACUACACGAGCGAGGACAUAGAGAAGAAAGUCAUGGAGUUGACGGGAGAGGGAGCCCAUGCUGUCCUCGUCGUGCCCGAGUCCGAAGACGCUUACAUCACCGCGCCCAAGUUAGUCAGAUCCAUGGGAACGAUUGUGUGCGUCGGUUUGCCUCGGAACGAUUUUGAUCUUCCGAUACCAGUAACUUUAUGCGCUAUCAAAGCUCUGAAUAUCAAAGGCGCCAUGGUCGGUACCGAGGAUGAGAUGUCCGAGCUGUUACGCGAGGCUAUCAAAGGUCGCAUUCGGGCAUCCGUUGAAUACUUCCAUCUUCAUCAGACGGAGGAGAUCGUAGGUCAAUUGAUGAAUGGGGAUAUGUUUGGGAGGGCUGUCAUCACUAGCAUUUGAUAGAUGGGAGGUACUGGUGGCCUAUGAAUUGAAUCGGUAGAUCUGAUGGUUGCCAAAUUGCUGUUUCUGUACUAAUGGGUCAGAGUCAUCAAUUUCGAGACGAAUUCCCCCGAUCCAGGCAAGACGAUUCGUCCUCGUUAGCCUGGAUGUUAAUGAGAAUGAAAGUGUCAGGCUGUUUGAGAUUGACAAAGCCUGGCAAGUGACGAAAUGAAGGCUAUUGGGAUGAAACUUAAAAGUGAUC